AGCUCAUCGGACACCCGCUCCUUUUCGGGCAUCCUCCACCCAAAAUCAAGCGACAUUCGCAGGUUGCUCAAUCCUCAGCGGCUGUUUGACGCUCCGAAGGCUUCAUGGGUGCGCGCAGUGCAAGGUCAAAAAGGAGUCUUGGCUCGGGCAGUCCGGUCAUUUAUGGCGAGAAAAGCAAUCCCCCGACCAUCACUCACUCCAGUCGCGCCGCUGGUUCACGCUCCAAAAGGGCCAAAUAUACUGCUGCGGCUUGCGAUGCGUGCAAGCGACGGAAGCUGAAAUGCAUUCGAGACCUAGGCAAACGGGAAUGCGAUCGAUGCAUGGCUGGUGAGGUAGUCUGCAGCUUCGCAGACGGCCAGGAUGCUCUCGAGCCUUUCGUAGCUGCCCCAGCUGCAUCCGACGACAAUAGGUCACGCAUUGAGAAGUUGGAAAGAGAACUGGCCGCACUUCGUCGCCAGGUCACUCACCUGGCCUGCGUGAUUGAAAAAGGCCAAACCCCACGGUCUGAAAUUCAUGCUGCGGAGAGUGUAUGCACGCCCAGUCAGACGUCAUUGACGGCGGCAGGAGUUAAGGAACGUAAGGAGGUACAGUUCGUAGGUACCACACGUCCUGCAUUUGCCCUCAACGUCUCCAAGGCCGCAUUGUCAGUGGUCGACGAACCUUCGGAUGCUUCAGACGAUUCGGGCACAGAACCAGAAGCUCCCCCAGUGGCCGCGACCCCGAGCCCAGAGGUGUCACACGGCUCGACACAGGACCCUCUUUUGGGCAUGCCAAUUUCCGCCGUCUAUCGCCUAUUGGAUAUCUUUCAAGGGGAAAUUGAGCCCAUGUAUCCCUUGCUUGACACCGCAAAUCUACGCUCUCGGGCGGCCGAGAUGAUCAAGCAGUUCCAAGAAGAGUACUAUCUCAAAUUCGACGGCAGGCUUUCGCAGAAAGACAUACAUCUGCUUAAAAUAGUCUUGGCAACAGCCCUUGUAUUUGAAAAUCAACAAAAGACAGAACUGAGCUCUCAGCUCAUCGCUUCAUUCGAGGAUGAUGCACUUAGAAUAACGUCGCCCUCCGACGUGGACUUGCAGGAAGUUCAAGUUUUCGCAAUCAUGAGUGUCUAUCAUUUCCAUUGCGACGAAGAACUGCUUGCUUAUAGAAGUAUUGGAAUCUCAACACGCAUGGUCCUCGAACUAGGACUACAUCGUCGUCGCAGUCUCUUCGAGAACUACCCUGAACCUGCACAUAGAUCUUUAGCGAUCCGCGUCUUUUGGUGCAUAUAUGCGCUUGAUCGCCGCUGGAGCUUCGGUACUGGUCUGUCUUUCGCAUUAAUUGAUCGUGAUAUCGAUCCACAAUUACCCCAGCCUUCACUUGAUAUGCCUUACUUCCAGUCUUUGGUAGCUUAUGGCAAGCUAUGUUCGAAGGUGUGGGAUGCAAUACCACAUUAUGGUUCUUCAUCCGAGAGCAUGCCGACGAGCAUGGAGUCUAUGCUGGAAAGCGAGAUUCAGGGGUGGUUCUCAACUAUACCAGAUAUCUUGCAGCUGACAACGACAGAAACUAUACCAAGUGCGGAGGUGACUCGGCAUGACCGGAGCUUGUUUCAGCAUCUGCAAACUCUGCUCUACCUCCGCGGCAAUUACAUCCGGUGCCUAAUCCAUCGUCAUCACGUCGUCUCAGCGGCCGCCAUAGCUCACAGCCCGGUCAGUGCGCGCUUGGUAGUGAGCAUCGCCCAAGACACCAUUCGUAUCCUAGUCAACCUUGACAACACUAGCGAUAUAUACUCUCGCCAUCAGGUUGCGUACAACUUUUUUCUGAUUAGCGCAAUCUCAAUCAUGCUGUUGGCUGUUUGCCAUGCUCCAGCAGAGUUUGCCCAAACCUGUCGUAAGGAUUUCUUUGUGGCCAUUGAUCUUGUGCGUGGAUUCUCGCGUUUGAGCUUGCAGGGACGCCGAUUAUGGAGUAGCCUACGUGGUCUAGUCGCCCGACUCAGACAACUCGGUAUCAUGAACAGUGGAUCAUCCCGAGGUCAUAAGCGAAGAAUAAGGGGCUCACGUCCUGAUGUGCACGACCACACACUGUUGGACGGUGUUUCGUCACAACGUACAUCACGGGGUGCUGAGCUCAACAUACCCAGUGUUGUGACAGAGAACAGUCCCGAUGUCCAACAGCAAGGGACUGGCCCGGGAUAUUUUGACGCAAGCACACCAGACAUGAACCUCAUGGGCGAUGAUCUUGUGGGCGUCUUUGAUACUUUCGGUCGUGCCUACAUGGAUAGCAGCUUGAAUCCUGUUGUACCAGCGGCAGAAACCCGGUUUGACGAUAGCCUCUCAUUUCUCAACGGGGACGUGGACGACUUUUCAGAAUAUUUCAUGGGUUUGAUCUGAAAUAACUGAUAGCAAUAUUUUACGAAUUUAUUGUGCGCCACUACAGAUGACUCUUUCCUCCAUGCUGCUCAUGGUAUAUUAACAUGGCGGCGUCUUGGCACCGCGACUUUCGAAUUCCUACCGGCCUCUCCUCGGAUGUCAAUCUCUUACAAAGACGAUCUCAUGGGAAGUUCUCU